AUGCAGUCUAUGAGCAUGAACUCUCCUCCAUUCAUGCCUGACACGCAUGGUUUUGACAACAUGCAUGAGCCCGGCCCCUCUGAUAUGUCUCCGUAUCAGCAGCAAUACUAUGCUGGAAAUGUCUUCCACGACAAUGACCCCUUCGCCAAUCAAGGUGCUUUCAGCUUUGCGAAUGGCUAUCACGGCUACCAUGCUGCUCCGACACAUGCUCCAGGCAUUGGUUUUGGUCAUCAUGGCCCUUUCAAUAGUAACUUCGGCGCCGUCAACACCAUGAAGAAUGAGCAUGCUGGACCAUCGACCGGUUACCAUGAUGCAGGCUUUGUUGGCGGUCCUGAGCAAAUGCAACAUCCGGGCACUGGCAUGGCUUCCCUAAAGGAAAACCAUGAUGAAGCAUCCAUCAGCAACUUCGAUGGCGCUCCUGAGCAUGACGUCUCUCAGCAUGAUGUUCCUCAAGCCGUUCUCAAGAUCCGCGACUCUGACGACUUCUUUGCUCAAUUGCGCAAGCGUAUUGUCGAACAGCGACUCAAGAAAUCGAAAGCUUUGAUCGAUAACGGCGACAAGGUCGACUUUCCGGAAACUGCAGACGAGCAACAAAAAUACAUCAAGAAAUUAAUGGUUGCUAUCAAGGAUACUAGUGACAUUCUGGAUAAGCCUUGCAAGAACGGAAGCCCUGCUCAAGCUGCUCAGCGCCUUCAGCGGGGAUAUUAUCCAGAUGAAGACAUCGAAUUGGCCUGCUGGCAUGUUUUGCUCGGUCUCCGUGACUCUCAACUCGGUGUCAUCUUGGUUGAGCCGUAUCAUGGUUAUAGAUAUGAGGAGUAUACCUCAUUCGAGACUCGAUUUGGUGCCGUACUCGAGACCCUUCGACAAUCGAAGGCAGCUUGUAAGCAACUCCUCGAUCCGGCCUUCGUCGACCGUCUCUGUGACGCCCCGGACUCUGAGUUAUCAACCAAGUUGGCUAACAAGAAGGUCAAUGCCGAGCGUGAUACGCAGAAUGAGAUUGGUCGCAAGGUCCUCAAUGGAAAGAUGGACGACGAUGAACUAGCAGAUCUCAAUCUCAAGGCCGAAGAAGAGGACAUCGAGAGAACUCCAUCUGGUCGCAGACGACGUACUCCGCGUGCACUUGGUCGUAUCGUUCGAGGCAAGGUUGGAGUCAGCACCCCGAAGAGACAUACUCCUUCGUCGUCCAAUGGCAAGGCAGUCAGCACCCCAAAGCGAAAGGGCACCAGCAAGGUCAAGCGAGAAAAUGAGUCCGACGACGAAGAUUCCGCUCAAUCCACCGAUUCAGACCUCGACAAUGAACCUACUCCUCGCGGCGUCGUACCUCGUCAAUCUGCUACAACCCAAAAUCGCGGUUCGAGCAAGCGCAAGGCAAAGCCGGUUAACUAUGCCGAGGUAGAUGCCGAUGCCGAGGACGACUCCGAUGAGCCCUACACUCCUUCGAAGAAGUCUCGUACAACCAACCGUACCGCCAAGGGAAAGCAAGCCGUAACUAAGGGAAAGCAGUCCGUAACCAACCGAGCACAAGUUGGUACUUCUGCACUAUCUACCUACGGUCCCGAAGCAGAGACUAGAGGACUAGACCCGGAAAUGAAGGGCAUCUAUGAGAGCUAUCGCAUUAUGGUAUGCCGUCUCCUCAGCAUUGAUCCAGAAGAAGGCGAGAAAUUCAAGCUCACCGAUCUUCGCCGAUAUGCUCGUGCAUACAAUAUGCAAUACAAGGACGUGGUCUUCUACGACUCCUCCGCUAAUCCUACUUGGCACUAUGUUGGUCAUAGAGUGUUCUCUGAGAACGGACUCCAAGUUGCUGAGCAUUUCGCUCAGGUCAACCCCAUCUUUCAGCGUCUGGCCAAGGUACGAGGUGACCUCGAUAACACUGGUGCCUUUGUCCGUGAUGCACCAUUCUCUGAAGGUUUCUUUACCGUUGGUGAUGAACUUGAUAAUCGCGCUCUUGGUGUCAUCGAUAACGAGUUCGACAUCGACAACGACCUGUAUGACCGCACUCAAGGUGCUUACGACUACGAUUACGAUUUCAACUAGGGCAUCUACUUGUAAACUCGCGUUCUCUGAUCCGCUACACGACAUCGACUUGCGAAGCUCUUUAAUACCUAACUUUUUGCCUCGAUCUCGCUCGGUAGCUCAUAGCGCUCGCCAAUCCUACUUCGCAUUCCUGUUUACUUCAUUUGGUCACGCCAGUAAGCUGUUCUCAUCAGACAGUUCAACACUUCGCAAUGGGUUCAACUUUACAGUUUGCCAACUUGUACGAAUACAAUUUCAAGUCGUCGAUUUCGCAUCUAAAAUUUCGAAAACACCAAAA